GUCGUGAUAUGUCGAAAUAAAUAUGGAGUUUUAUUUCGAAACUUUGGACAACAAACGGAUACUAAAAGGACGUUAUGAGUGAAGAGUAUAAAAUACCUAGUCUGCACCACAGUGCGUCGGUUCCCUUGUUAAAUAAUGGAUCCCUGGAAUUAAAAUCUUUCUCAAAUAAUGUGGAAAGAGAACAAAUUUCAUCUCAUUAUUUUGAUGAUGGCAUUGAUAAAACACCUAAGUCUUCAAGGAAAUUUGCUGGAUUGUUUGGAAAGUCAUCUCGAGAACUACACUCGGAUUAUCCCAAUAUAUCGCUGCACCAGGCAGCACGAGAUGGUCGGCUAGAUGUUGUUCAGAAGAAACUUCAGUUACUUGGUAAAAAUUCAAGCAAAAUCAAUGCACCUGACAAAGAUGGAUCAACAGCUUUACAUUAUGCUGUCAGAUAUAAUCAUCUUCAUAUUGUGAAAAAGUUAGUGGAUUGUGGAGCAAGUGUUGGAGUUAGGGUGAAAAUGGAGCAAGUCCACUUCAUUUUGCUGCUAGGUUUCACUUGGAUAAAUGUGAUGAAAUUAUACCUGAAGAAACUCCAAAACUUUCUAAAAAACAGUUUGAAGGAAGUAUUUCAGAAAAGCAUUUUUAAUGAACGCAAAAUUUGCAAGAGUUCAGACGAUACUUCAUCAUCCAAUGAAGAAUCAAUCAUUUCCUAUUUAUUGUCUCGCAAGGCCAACGUAAAUACGGAUAAGUUUGGUUGCACGCCUCUUCAUUAUGCAGUAUCAAAAUGUAAUGAUAUUGGCGUCAGAGAACUUUUAAUGGAUAAGAAUAUUAAUCUUGAGGCAAAGGACAAAACUGAAAUGACAGCAUUGCAUUGUGCAGCGUUGGAAGGUUCAUUAAAAAUAGCGAAAAUAUUAGUUACAGCUGGAGCAUAUCUUCGAUGUUUUGAUGAAGAAGGAAUGACGCCCUUACAUUUCGCUGCUAUGGAAGGAAGUUUUGACGUCGCUCAGUAUCUCUUUGAUGCUGCUGAAGAAAAAGGAGGCUGGGAAACACUAUCGAAAAUGGUGUUAGAUCAAGACAGAGAAGAUCAAACAGCCUUGCAUCUUGCUGUUGAAAAUGGACAUUAUGACGUCACUCGUCUUCUUAUUGACAAAGGAACAAACGUAAAUUGUGUGAAAUCAAAUUUAAUCACUCCUCUACAUCUUGCGACGAGAAAUGGUCAUAUUGAAAUUGUUAAACUUCUUUUAAAUUGCAACGCAAAUAUUGAAGCCAAAACCACCAUGCAAAGAACUCCGAUGAUGAGAGCUGCCACUUUCAAUCGACUGGAAAUCAUGAAGUACCUGUGGAAAAAAGGAGCGAAAUUGGAGUGUCGUGAUCGGGACAAGAAUACGCCGUUAUUGAUAGCUGGUAAAAAGAAUCAUGUUGACUCGUUACGUUUCUUACUGGAAAAUAAUGCAGAUCCUUGUGCAAAGGAUAAGAAUGAUAGAAAUGUUUAUCAUCAUACGGCUGUUGAUGGUUGUUUAGAAAGCCUGAAGAUAUUACUUAAAGACAAACGUGCAAAAUCGUUACUUAAUGAGGCAGAUAAAUUUGAAGAAACUCCUUUGCAUUUGGCAUCGAGGAAAGGUCACGAUGAAAUUGUCAGGAUGUUGUUGGAGAACGGAGCUAUCAUUGAUGCGAAAAAUGAUCAAGAUCUCACUCCUUUACACCUUGCUGCAAAACAUGGAAGAACCAGAGUAACGAUGAUAUUAAUCAAACAAGAUCCGUCGAUUAUUAACGACGAAGAUGACUGUUCAAAUACUCCUCUUCACCUUGCUGCCUUACAUGGCCAUGUUAAAGUUGUUGAAAUAUUGUUGAAUCAAGGAGCAUCGAUUGACGCCAGAAACAACACUUUAUGGACACCAUUGGACUGCGCUUCUGUUCAGGGAUGGACAAAAACUGCGACAGUUCUUUUGAACAAAGGAUCACCCGUUGAUCCCUUAGAUAAAACUAAGACAACUCCAUUACAUCUUGCAUGCCAGGAAGGGCAUCCUGAUAUGGUUAAAUUACUUCUGUCAAGAAAAGCAGAUAUUAGUCUUACCGACCACGAGGGAAAGAAUUGUCUUGAUGUUGCUAUUGAUCAUGGAAGAAAAGAUGUUGUUUUGGAAAUUCUCAACCAUAGUCAAUGGAAACGCGUUAUGCGAAAUCGAACAACUGAUGGUGCAAGUGUAACAACGCCAAUGCGAAAGUUGAUCAAGAAACUUCCUGAUUUAGCUCUAAAAGUCUGUGAUCGCUGCUUUCAUGUCGAGGAACCCGUGAAUCAUUUAGAUUACAAUAUUACAUUGGAUUAUGAAUUUCUGGACGAUGUUAACACCAAAUGGUUUGAGAAUGAGUGUGAUAGUGAAGAAGAAGAAAUACACGAGGAUUUUGUAUAUAGCAUCAAGAAAGCUCUUCCUGAAAACUCAACAAUACAACUGCAAAUGAAGCAAAAUCAUCCACUGAUACUCAUGGUUUCUUAUGAACGAGAGAAGCUGCUCAAACAUCCUUUGGUUACAUUUUUAUUAAGGCAUAAGUGGCGUCGUUAUGGUCGUUAUGUAUACUAUACAAGUUUUAUUUUCUAUAUGAUAUUUUUAUUUUUUCUCACUGGAUAUGCUCUGGUCAGUCGAGAAAAAUAUCCACCAGGACACUGCGUCACCCUAAGUGUAAUUGUAGCGUCCUUGAUAGAAUUCUUAAUCAAAGCAAUGUAUCUGUGGAGACUCUUUUUAAGUUGGCAGGAAUUUGUAGAACUGGGAACUUACACAUCUGCAAUAAUUUUUGUUACGAACAAUGAAAGUAACAAUCAUCUUUCUAAUAGUUGCUUCAGCUUGCACAACAGUUAUGGUGCUGCAUCUGUCUGUUUAGCUUGGUUUACUUUAGUUUUGACGAUGAGAAAAUUUCCAAAACUUGGAAUUUACGUUGUCAUGUUCACAGAAAUGUUUCGAACUUUUGCACAGUUUUUUGUCGUUUUAUUGCUCUUCAUCGUCGCUUUUGGACUUGGAUUUCACGUUCUUCUCUAUGAUCAGGUUCCUUUCUCAACAUUAGGACGGUCAUUUUUGAAGACAACAAUGGGCAUGUUAGGAGAGUAUGAAUAUGAUACAGUAUACAACGAAAAGGAAGUUCCUCCAAUCACCUGGGUUUUAUAUGUUGCAUUUCUCAUUAUUAAUUGCGUCAUUAUUGUUAACUUAUUGAUUGGAUUGGCUGUGGAUGAUAUCAAAGGUGUGCAGGACAAAGCUGUCCUUAAACGGUUGGCAAUGCAAGUGGAUUUAGCGCUCGAUGUGGAGAAAAUAAUGCCUUUAUUUCUCCGUCAGAGAUUUUUCAUUUUUACUGAGACGGUUUAUCCAAAUCGUGAGAGAUAUCGAAGUAUUUGGUCGUUCUGGCACCAGACACUUGUCACACCAGCGCAAAUUAUUAAUGAUGCAUUAUAUCCUGCUCGAUCACCAAUCGAAAAAGUCCAAAGGCAGCAAGAAUUGUUACAAUGUGACGUCACCAAAAUGAAAACGAGGCUAAAAACACUACAGACGAGGACUGUUCGUUUGGAGGUGAUGUUGAAGGCAAUCCUGGGACAUCAUGGGAUAGAUGUUAAGCCAGAAAUUGACGAAGAUGACGCAGAACUGAAGUGGGAUACAUCUGAUGAAGAAUCAAACCGAUAUUUGACUGAAUUUUAAUAAUACAAGUUCUAUACAGUAUUUGUAAGCAUUCUUUUUAAAACAAAAUGCAAGCACUAUUGUUUUUGAAA